CGUUUGAAAGAUCCGAAUCCGACACGCAAUCUCGUUACGCAUUCCCUCAAUCACGCACAAAGCAUUUGCCCUUUUACUCUCUCUUUCCCACACACAGCAAUUCUAUUUUGCUAGACUGAGCUAACAAGUUGGUGGUUUUUAGUGGUAAAAAUGGAGAAUUUGGGCAUGGUUUCGUCUCCCAAAAUAGUAUUAGGACUCUCCCCAAAUCCCAGGAACGCACUAAUUUCAGUUUCCAGCAAACAAUCCGCAGGUCUUCCAAAUUUACUCAGAAAAACUGGGAAAAGUUGCAGAAAGAGCAAUCCUUCUCAUUCUGUCUCUGUAGUUUCUCUCUUCGAGCCGCGCAAACCCACCAAAACUAUUGUGGCGGAGAAAGUUCAAAGGGAUUGUUUUGCUAGCAUUGCUUCUAGUGGCCAACAAACAUCGUCUGUUGGUGUGAAUCCACAGAUUUCAGCUCCACCUACUUCUCAAGUGUGCUCACCUCUUUUCUGGAUUGGUGUUGGUGUUGGUUUCUCAGCACUUUUUUCAUGGGUGGCUGGAAGAGUAAAGAAAUAUGCAAUGGAACAAGCUCUCAAGACCUUCACACAACAGAUGAAUACUCAAAAUAACCCAUUUGGGAACACUGCCUUUGCACCUGGCUCACCCUUCCCAUUUUCACCACCAUCACCACCCCAAUCAACGAGUCCAACAUCGGAUUCAUUCAAGAGUGGAGCCCCUUCCUUUAAGAGUGGAGCUCCUGCCGCAUCUCAAUCAAUAACUGAUAUACCUGCAACAAAAGUGGAGGAUCCUCCGUCCACAUCUGUCAAUAAUAAAGUAGAACCGCAGGAUGCACCAAAGAAAUAUGCUUUCGUAGAUGUCUCCCCUGAGGAGACGGUGCAGAAAAGUGCUUUUGAAGACUACAAGGAAUCAGCUCAGACAGAUUCAUCCAAUAAUUACUCACAGCAAUCUGAGCAAGUUCCCCAAAAUGGCACGCCUUCAAACCAAGGAACAAGGGCAUCAGAUGGUCCCUCCACUAGUACCCCCCUCCUGUCAGUGGAUGCAUUGGAGAAAAUGAUGGAAGAUCCAACAGUGCAGAAAAUGGUUUUCCCAUACCUGCCAGAGGAGAUGAGGAAUCCCACCACCUUUAAAUGGAUGCUUCAAAAUCCAGUUUACCGUCAACAACUUCAGGAUAUGUUAAAUAACAUGGGUGGAAAUCCUGAAUGGGACAAUCGCAUGAUGGAUACGUUGAAGAACUUUGAUCUCAGCAGCCCUGAGAUCAAACAACAGUUCGAUCAAAUAGGCCUCACUCCGGAUGAAGUCAUAUCUAAAAUCAUGGCUAAUCCCGACGUUGCUAUGGCGUUUCAAAAUCCAAGAGUUCAAGCAGCCAUCUUAGACUGCUCUCAGAACCCUCUAAGUAUUGCCAAGUAUCAAAAUGACAAAGAGGUUAUGGACGUGUUCAAUAAAAUAUCUGAACUCUUCCCUGGAACUUCUCCUUAAAUUCUUGAUCCUCUAUCUGCGGCCAAAUGGCUAGGGUAUAGAUGCGCUUUAGUUUCCCCUUGAGCUUCAACUUCUUCAAUGCAUCAGCAAGUCCUGUGCUACGAGUAAGAUCACUGACAUCUUUGCAUCGCCACCGGCUAGGUACAUUGUUUUACAUUGGGAUGGUGCUUCUUCAAGUCUUGGUGUAGUAUCUGUUAGUUGUCAAGUCGAAACCCUCUUUUUGAUCUGGUAGUUUCUGAUACAAAUUUCAGUUGUACCUAGUCUUAUUUUUGGUGAAUGAUGUUUGAGAUUUUCUGGUCUGUUGCAUAUGCAGAUGAGUUAUUAUAUCGUUA